AUGGGCCCAACAGGGGAAGAUGUGCAUGGCGUCUCCUACAAGAAAUUGGCCACCCUUGUUACUCAACCUCGCAAACGCAGCCUCCCCAGGGGACGAGCUGGCGUCUUCUGGGCUUUUCCAGAGCCCAGGCGCUCGGCUGUCACCUCAGGCGUCUAUGCCUGCGCAGCGCUGAUUGGUGCUCGGCGGCCUGAUUGUCAGUGGCUGCUUUUAUCCACCAAUCCCAUCUUCGCCUGGCAGAUCCCCCUCUCGCCCCCGGCCAAUGGCCGGGAAAGCCCGAGCCGCCCGCACCGCUGCUGGCAGUCGCAGGGCUUAAGUUGCGGCGGGAGGCUCAGGGGCUCAGACCGCGCUGGGCGGCCGCCAGCUCGCACCUGGCACCUGCACCUGCUGUUACCUGGCACCUGCUACCUGCCCGGCCGGGGCCGCGGUCGGGAUCCGUCUAACGCCGCGUUCCCUUACGGGGGUGUGUUGGGGGGAGCCCUUUUUCCGACUGUCAAAAUGGUUAUCAAAGUGUUUGUUGCCACAUCUUCUGGGUCCAUAGCGAUUAGGAAGAAGCAGCAAGAAGUAGUAGGCUUUUUGGAAGCUAAUAAGAUCGACUUUAAGGAAUUAGACAUUGCUGGAGAUGAAGACAAUAGGAAGUGGAUGAGGGAGAAUGUUCCUGGAGAGAAAAAACCUCAAAAUGGAAUCCCUUUGCCCCCCCAGAUCUUCAAUGAAGAGCAGUAUUGUGGGGAUUUUGACUCUUUCUUCUCUGCAAAAGAAGAGAAUAUUAUUUAUUCAUUUCUGGGUUUGGCUCCCCCUCCAGGCUCAAAGGUGAAAAAAUCAUCUGAGGAAACAUCUCUUCCCAAUGGUGAUGUAGCGGGAGAGGAACAGAGCAGUGCAGAGGAAAGAGGAACAGAGAAGACUGAAGAGAGUGGAGAAAACGAGGCACAAAAAGAGGACAACGGGGAUACGGGCGACCUUGCCGAGUCUCAAGAGAAGAAUGUCAACAAGCAUUGCAGCACCUUCCAUGUUCCAGGAAUCCUCCUGGGCACACUGAAGUGA